AUGCCACCACUGCAGGAAGAGGCUUAGUGAGCCACAGUACCAGCCUCUCUUCCCCUCCCCGGACCCUCUAUUUUAUGUUCUAAUACAGUAAAUAUUGGCAGUUGCAACUCACACCUUUCAAAAAAGGGCUCUUUGGGAUCCCGCUAACAUCUAAGGUAGUUAAGGUGCUGAGACCAAAGUUUGAGAAGAGUUGUGUCAACUGUAGCAAGCAGGCUUUUGAAAUCUGCCAACACCUCCGCACUGCUCUAUGUGGCUGAUUGCACAACUUCCAAGUUCAGAGAACUUCCUGACACUGACAGACACACUGAGAAGGGAACCAGCUCCUCCCGGAGCUGAAGCCAGCAGGCAAGCUCUCCAGUCGGGUCGUGAUGGCAGGCAGCCAGUGAGGUCUUCUUGGCAGACCCAGUGGAAGCCCACAAGCCCACCCCAUGGAGCAAUGUGGGAGCUCAAAGGAAGCCAACGACUCCGUCGCUGGCUUGAAGUUCAACUCCAUGGAGCAGUACAUGGUCCUGAGCGACUCGCAGAAGGUAGCAAUUGCCGUUCUGUGCACCGCCCUGGGCCUGCUCAGUGCCCUCGAAAACCUGGCCGUGUUCUACCUGAUUCUGUCCUCCCACCGCCUACGCAGGAAGCCCUCGUACCUGUUCAUCAGCAGCUUGGCGGUGGCCGACUUCCUGGCCAGCGUGAUCUUUGCCUGCAACUUCGUGAAUUUCCACGUGUUCCAUGGUGUGGAUUCCGACGGUGUUUUCCUGCUGAAGAUUGGCAGCGUGACACUGACCUUCACAGCCUCUGUGGGUAGCCUGCUGCUGACCGCCAUUGACCGCUACCUCUGUCUGCGCUACCCAGCUACUUACAAAGCUCUGCUCACCCGUGGGAGGGCGAUGGUGACCUUGGGCGUCAUGUGGGUCCUCUCGGCGCUGGUGUCCUACCUGCCUCUCAUGGGGUGGACUUGCUGUCCCAGUCCCUGCUCUGAGCUCUUUCCACUGAUCCCCAACAACUACCUGCUGAGCUGGCUCCUGUUCAUCGCCUGCCUCUUCUGUGGCAUCAUCUGCACCUAUGGGCAUGUCCUCUGGAAGGCCCAUCAGCAUGUGGCCAGCCUGGCUGAGCACCAGGACCGGCAGGUGCCAGGAAUGGCUCGGAUGCGGCUGGACGUAAGGUUGGCCAAGACCUUGGGUCUGGUGCUGACGGUGCUGCUAAUAUGUUGGUUCCCAGUCCUGGCCCUCAUGGCCCACAGCCUGGUGGCCACGAUGAGCAAUCAGGUCAAGAAGGCCUUCGCCUUCUGCUCCAUGCUGUGUCUCGUCAACUCCAUGGUCAAUCCUGUCAUUUAUGCCCUGCGGAGUGGCGAGAUCCGCUCCUCCGCCCAGCACCGCCUGGCCCACUGGAAGAAGUGCCUGAGGGGCCUGGGGCUGGAAGGAAAAGAAGAGGUCCCCAAGUCCUCUGUCACAGAGACCGAGGGGGACUUGAACUUCACCCCAGGGCCAGAGCCCAAAGGGCUGCAGUGAUCAAGUUACUGAUGUGGUCUAUGCUCCACUUACAGACAACCCGGUCAGAAAGGACACUGCUCCCGAGGACAGCACGUAGUCCUGGGCUUCUCCCGGGACCAGCUCCGGAGGCCCGGAUGCCAUGGCCACUCCUUUAGGCUCAGGGGUGUCAGGACUGGCCGUGCCCACCCAUGCAGUCUGGUGAAGAGAGAGACAAAGAACUGGCAGGUUCACCCUGCCUACCAAAGGUGCCAUAGCAUCUGCAUUCCCCGGAAACUGCGGGAAGCCAGGCAGCUCCAGGCAGGACUAUUCUAGAAACUUGGAUGUCACUGCUUGACCCCUGGGUCUGCAGGGAGGGCAGAGGUCACUAGAGACAGACUCCAGAGAACCAUGUGCACCCAGUGAGGGCGUGUGCGGUGGUGUGGCCAGAAGCGGGUGAUGUCUCCGGCUAACCUAACUCGCCAAAACAUCACAAAUCCCACUCAACCCCGUGGACACCCUACAGGGAGAGAGCAAAGGACCAAGAGAGAGGCAGGACAUGCCUUCCCAGGUCCAGGGCUCACCCGGCACAGCCUCCCUCCGCUGCAAGAACGAAGCUCCCUGCUUCUGGCAGUCUCGUGGUUCCCAACAGGGAGGCCGAGUUCUGCCCCAACAGGCUUAAAACUGAAGGCAACGAAACUGUUGGCCGCAGCAAGGACUGCAGAGGAAUUACAAAGCAAUUGUUUGGGAACGGGGAUUGAAAAAGGGAACGCCACUGGGUGAACGUGGCUGCCUUCACUCCAUGCAAGACCAGACAUGCGCUGUGCGCUUGCUCGUCCGUGCACUUCAUCAGCAGGUGCCGGGCUCCCAGCACAGACAAGAUUCUCCUCUGUCGUGUAGGAAUCACACUCUGCCCUCUGGUAAGAAGAUGCAUAAAUACCAAAGAGACAGUCCCGGGAUGGAAAGUGGCAUCAUGUGAUGGUGACUGACUGGUCAGCAGGUAAAACAGACCUGCUGAAAGCCUGGACAGGCCUGCCAGGGCUCGGACUGAAUCUGUGCCAGGUGCCAGGUGCUGGGCCAAGUGCUUCUAACGAUGCCUUCUUUCACAUGGUCUUCACGGUGGCCUGCUGAGAAGGGGCUUGGUGAGCUCAUUGUCCAGAUGAGAGACUCUCAAAGGGCCAAAGCCACAUGGUGGCUGUGGUCACACUGCAGCCAUUAUAGUGGUGUCCAGGUACCCACAGGGAGUGGUACCCACAGGGAGUGGCCCCAGGACCCCUACUCCCCUCCUCGCCACCCCCUCCCAUGCCCCCGACACCAAACCCCACAGCU